AUUUCUAAAGUUGACACCAGUCAACGGCGCGGCGCAGAGCGGAACGUCACUACUAGCAACCAAGUUAAUUUUUCCACACGGACAAUAAUAACAGCAGAACAAAAUGGCCAUGUCCCUGCUCAGGUUAGGUCGACUUGGAUCUGUCAAGUGUCUCUUGCGUGGAGGCUGGAGCCCACCAAAAACCCAGUUUGCUGCAGCUCUGUGCACUAAAGCGGACGUCCCACCGAAAACACCGAAAAAGGGAAAGGCUUCAAGUAAGAGUAAGACCAUAGAGGCAGAUGAGAGGGCAUCUCUUCUAGCCUACAAGCCUGCAGUUGCCUUCCCUUCUAAACUGGUUGCCACAGGAUUUCUUUCCAAAGAUGUAGCAUUAGGUGAAUCUGAAACUGCUAAGGCUGCUUUCACAACUCCUGCAAAUGAGAAGACAACUGACAGUCCUCCAGCCGAUACGGCAGCAGCUGAUGUUGCUGUAGAAGAGCCAAAGAUCACUGAAAUCCCAACUACUGGUAAAGCGCCUACAGAAGGUGAAAGAAGUAAGGCCUUGGAUCCUGACUCAGAAGCUAAGAAAGAUGAUGAAGAUACCUCGUCCUCAUCCUCAUCCUCCAGUGACUCUGAUUCAGACUCUGAUGAUGAGGAACCUAAGACUGAACCACCACAACAGACUGGUGAGAAAGCAGAGAAGAAGGAUUCUAGUGUGGCAAAUGAACAAGUUGAUCUUGCAGACAAGAAAGCAAAGCCUGUAUCUGCCUCGUUUAAAGAAGAAUGUGUUGAAACUGUGAAAUCGACACCAGAAGUGCUUGCACCAAGUGCUAAACCAGUUGGAUCAGCAGAGACCCUUGUUGAUCCUGCUCCUAUAGUGUCUUCCUCAGCAACUCACGCAAUUUCUGCUCCUUCUCCUAAAGUGUCUUCCUCAGCAACUGAAGCAAUUUCUGCUUCUUCUCCUAAAGUGUCUUCCUCAGCAACUAAAGCAAUUCCUGAUCCUGCUCCUAAAGUGUCUUCCUCAGAAACUGAAACAAUUCAUGAUCCUGCUUUUAAAGUUUCUUCCUCAGCAACUCAAGCAAUUCCUGAAGCUCCAGGAGAAUCUCUGAAUGUUGGCACUCCUGAUAUUAUAGCAGAUAUCCCAGCAACAGAAGUUAAAACUGUUCCUACAGAGGAAUCAAUAAUCAAAGCAGAAGAGGCUGCCAGUGUUGUCCCAGAAGUCUCUACAAAAGCUAGUCAUUUAGCUAGUCCUCCUGAGGCUCCUGGAGAUGUUGCACCUAAAUCUGAGGAUCUCUCGGCCAAAGCUGAGGCAGGAGCACCGUCAGCCCCUUCAGAAGAGCUGGUAGACCCUGCACCUGCAGCUGCUGAUGCUGUCGAGGCACUGGCUCAGACAGAUGUUGUGGAAACACCUGAGGAACAAGCCCCAGAGAAAGCCCCAGAGCCGGAGCCUGAACCCUUCGACAACACCACCUACAAGAACCUGCAGCACCAUAACUACAACAUGUACACCUUCACUGAUAUGGAUGUAGAGAUGGCCAAAUACCGUCUGCCCCAACCUUCCUCUGGCCGACCCUCACCUCAACACUGAGCCUUUACUGCAUGGCCUGUGUACAUUUUGUCCACAACCCUGUUUAUUCAUCAUGUUCCUUUGUUCUUACAAUGAAUUGCUGACAAAUUUCAAGCUUUAUGGUAAAACUCUGCAAAUAGUGUAUUAAAACAGAUGAUCUAACUUAA